UCAAUAGCUGCCGGUUAUCACUGUAGCCGAAAUAAAAAAAUCCGGAUCGACUAAAAUAACAAUAAAUUGUGUUCAUCGUGCAUACCCGCGUCUGCUUUUGAAAUCGUUUUGCGAUUGUGACUGUCGAAAAAAAAACCGGAUGCUCUGCGAACGUUAUUUACCGACUUGACGAUACACGGCGACCACCUUCCCCGGAUUGUGUUGGCGGUUUUAUCAAUUGAAAAUGAGUGACACUCAGCUGGCGGACGAUGACAAGUCGGAGAAAAACGACCAUCUCAAUAUGCAACAACUGAGUCGUUUGACAUUAAACGGAGAGAAUACUAUAUUAAAGGAACAAGAUAAAUUUGAUACUCCCACUCUGGAUUAUUUACAGUCUUGCGUUGAAGAGCUGUACACAUUCCAUAAAAAUUCCUUUGAAAGAAACCCCGAAAAGGUGUCAUACGAUAAAGAGGUACUCAACGAAAAGAUUAAACAAGUGACUGCGUUGAUGAAACAAAAUGAAGAAUCUGCCAUUUCUGAAAACAAAGCACAAUAUUAUUUUUUACUGGGCAGAACAUGGAGUGUUACUCAACCAGUAAGCCAAGAAUGUAUAAAUGUUUUAUCCAAAGCUGUUAAACUCAACCCAACACACUUAGAUGCUUGGAAUUCACUUGGUGAAUGUUUAGUACAUUUAAAAAGAUUUUCAGAAGCUAAAUAUUGUUUUCUCGCCUCAUUGAAACAUGGUAAAAGUCAAGUAAUUCUGAGGAAUUUAUCCAUUAUUAUGCGUGAAGCACAGUUGCUGACUAAUGAAAAUGUCCAUGAAAGUCUUAAUGCUGGUAUUGAAUAUGCAAAAGAAGCUGUUGAAUUAGAUUCUACUGAUGGUGAAUCAUGGGCAAUUUUAGGCAAUGCUUAUUUAUCCUUAUUUUUUAGAAAACAAGAUGACAAACUUCUAAGACAGUCUAUUAAUGCAUUUGAGAAAGCUCUCAAUGAUUCUGUUGCUGCUCAAAAUGCUGAUCUCCAUUUUAAUAGAGGAAUUGCUUUAAAAUACGGAGAAAUGUAUACGGAUGCAUUGUUGAGCUUUGAAAAAGCCACAAUAUUAGAUCCAAAAUGGACUGAAGCCAGAGAAACUUUGGAAGAUCUCAUUAAAUAUAUAACAUCAACACAAACUUUAUAUCAGCGAAAAGGUCAAUUGAAAAGUAGACGAUUACAACAAAUGACUGAUUCUUUAAAUACAAGUUGCUUGGGAAUAUACAGCACCAAAAUAAAAACAAUAAGAGGUCAAGUAAUGUUAGAACACAUUCCAUUAUCAAAACUCGAAAUUGGUUUAAAUGCUAAUAAAGUAGUUUGUGGCCGGGUAGUAUGUGUUGUUUAUAGUCAAGAACCUGUCCCUUAUACAUUUUGUCUGGUGGAUAAAGAACUGUCGUGUAUAGUCGUCUCAGUUUAUAAUCUAGCUCAAGGCAGAGGACCAAUCAUUGGCGACUCUGUGGCUAUUCCUGAACCUUAUAUGACUCAUAUUGAUGCAACAUACAAAAACCAGAAAUUCCAGUACCCCAGUUUAAGAGUUAACCUUCCUUUGACUAUGGUUGUGAACAAGAAAUCUGUAAGUGCCGAAUGUGUUUCCCAACCUCAGUUUAUGUCCAAACAGUUCUAAGCAUCUUUUUCAAUAUUUUUUUUUUUUUUUAUAGUCUAUCAGUUCAAAUUUAAUUUCCUUUACUAAAUUUAACAUUGACAAAAAUUGUGAGUAUUUUAAAGUAGCAGCGAACUACUUUAAUUUUAAGACAUUCAUAGAUAAAAAAAAUUUCCAUCACUAAUGUUGUACUUUUAAUGUUAU